GGAAAUCCAAAACUCAACGCACAAUAAUAGAGGUUAUUGUUUUCAAAGACCGAAAGUUCGUUAGGUAAAUGAGCCCCAAAAUCCUGAAUAAUCUUGGAGUGUCGACAAGGUCCGAGGUUGUUUUGAGAAGAAAGCCCAGAUCACCAACGCCAUGUUGCAAUCCUAUAUCAGUUACCGGCACCUCACCGUCAUUUCGAGCCCUGGCUGGAUAUGAUCAGUGAGGCACAGUAAAUGGAUACAAGACCCAAGAAGGGAGAGGGGUAAAACAACAAAAAGAAAAUGAUAGCGCCUGAAUUGAUCGAAGCUAUAUGAGGACGACCAAUGGGUGUCGUUAUGAGCUAUAACUGUGGUGUUUGGUUUACAACGGGGAAGCUCUUCGUCCCGGAGGAAAUAUCGGACAUCCUCUGCGAUGCUCGGGCCGGUGGGGUUCUCCUCGCGUCUUAUUAGACCGAGAGGAUAAAGGGCAUCGUCAGAUUUAACCAGACUUCCACUGAGGACCGCACAUCAUACCACUGUGUCGACUGUCGCCUCCUGCGCCCAUACGAGGACACUUGGUCCGAGAACUCCGCACUGCAUGUCCUACUUACGACCAACGCCAAUAAAGAGAUUGGUAUUGCAGAAACAAUGGAUCCUCAAGCUCGUGUUUAUCAAUCUGGAACCUUAUUGUUGGCCGGGUAGUUCUGUGUCUGUCAGCAAAGGGAUAUCCUGCUUCAAUUCAAUGACUGGUUUCCUUUUGACCAAGUCCCUUCAUUCAAAAUAUUCACUUUCGUCUUGCCAAAUUUCUCAAUGUAAAGUCAUUCACGAAGACAACAGCUAGCUUCUUUCCCCCCCCCNCAUUGAUCUGUAACAUCGUCUCUCUCCCACUGUCGACUCAUACCAGUCUCCACUGCGUAUCCACCGCUCCUUUAUCACCAUGAAGUUUCGUGAUGGAAUGUGGCUUGCUGCUGAGGGCAAACGUCUUGAGUAUGCUGAAGAGGUGUAUUCCGUCACCCCUAGUGAGGAUGGCAAAGCCAUAAGCUUGUUGUGUCCAACCCGAAAGAUUAUGCAGAGAUCAGAUAUCUUAAAUCUGCCUACACUGACUGUAGUAUGUAGAUCUAUAUAUCGAGAACUAGUAACUGCUGACUUCUCUCCGCAGGAUAUUGAGGCACCAUUCGACGGAGCCAUCUCAGUCGAAGUCGCGCAUUGGUUGGGAGCUCUCAAUCCAGGUCCACACUUCGACCUGUUUCCUCAAGGAAAGCCAGAAAAGAGCGAAUCAAAGAUUACAACAGCAGAGAAGACCACUACUAUAUCCUCCGGGUCUAUCUCCGCGACUGUAAAGACCGCAGACCAUGAUUUUGCAAUUCGAUUCCAUGCCACAGAUGGCUCAAAAGAGCUCACUUCGUUGCUCAAUCGAAGUAUUGGUUUUGCGUAUGGACCUGCCCCAAGCAACCCAAUGCAAACGGCGGACAUGCGAAACCUAUACCAUUAUAUCUUCACACAAACAACUCUCUCAGUGGGUGAGUCAGUACAUGGCCUUGGUGAGCGAUUUGGGGCAUUCAACAAAGUUGGACAGGCUGUCACGUUGUGGAAUGCGGAUGGUGGAACCUCCAGUGAUCAAGCAUACAAGAACGUUCCUCUGUGGAUCAGUUCUAGAGGAUAUGGUAUUUUCAUCGACACCCCAGACAAAGUAGAGCUCGAGGUUGGUAGUGAGAGAUCUUGUCGGGUGCAAACAAGUGUUGAGAGUCAAAGGAUCAAGUGGUAAGUAUUCCUCGGACCAGCUCCCGAAAAUUCCUAACAAAUUUAGGUACAUUAUUCACGGUCCAACACCAAAGGAAAUCCUCUAUAAGUACUCGAUAUUGACUGGAAAACCGGGAAAGGUUCCCAGUUGGAGUUAUGGCCUUUGGCUUAGUACCAGCUUCACCACCAACUAUGACGAGACAACUGUAAACUCUUUCCUUGAAGGGAUGAAGGCACGCGAUAUUCCAGUCGAAGUCUUUCACUUUGAUUGCUUCUGGUUGAAGGCUUUUCAUUGGUGUGAUUUUGUAUUUGAUUCCAACAUGUUCCCAGAUCCCAAAGGACAGAUUGCUCGUCUAAAAUCAUCAGGUAAGUUUCCAAACAAUACGUGGGAGGCUGCUGGGAUGACACUUAUGAUAUCGUAGGACUUGUCAAAAAGGUUUGUGUCUGGAUCAACCCGUACCUCGGUCAAGCAUCACCUGUCUUCAAACAUGCUGCUAGUAAAGGCUACUUACUACGUCGUAAAAAUGGGGACAUCUUCCAAUGGGAUUUAUGGCAGACCGGUAUGGGAAUUGUCGAUUUUACGAACCCCGAGGCUGUCGAGUGGUACGUUGAAUGCUUGAAAGGACUUUUCGACAAAGGCGUGGACGCUAUCAAGACAGACUUUGGAGAGAGAAUUCCAAGUCAAGAUGUCCAAUGGCAUGACUCUUCGCUUGACCCAAGAAAGAUGCACAACUAUUAUGCCUUCAUCUACAACAAAGUCGUAUACGAAGCCUUACAGGAUCGGUAUGGAAAAAACGAAGCUGUAUUAUUCGCUCGUACAGCAACAGCCGGAACUCAAAGAUUUCCGCUUCAAUGGGGUGGAGAUUGCGAGUCAACCGCAGAGGCAAUGGCAGAAUCCAUUCGAGGCGGUAUUUCUCUCGGCCUCUGCGGUUACAGCUAUUGGUCCGUAGACAUCGGUGGGUUUGAAGGAUAUCCUCCCCCCUGGAUCUACAAAAGAUGGGUGGCAUUUGGUCUUCUCUGCUCACACAGCCGAUUGCAUGGCAGUAACUCAUUCCGUGUUCCUUGGACGGUUGAUAACGAUGACAAAAGCGAACAAGGCUGUUCCAGGAUCCUUUCAAAAUGGACAGUAUUAAAAGCUCGUCUCAUGCCCUAUAUCUAUUCCCAAGCCCAAGAAUCCGCCAACUCGGGACUACCACUUUCCUUGCGCGCAAUGUGCUUGGAAUUCCCCGACGAUCCGACCUCCUGGUUUCUUGAUCGCCAAUUCAUGUUAGGGUCCUCUCUUCUUGUUGCCCCCAUCUUUGAGGAAUCAGGCCAUGUAGAGUUCUACCUCCCAGCCGGGAAAUGGACUUCCUUCUUCACCAACGAGACAAGAGAAGGACCGGGAUGGUUCAAGGAGACUCAUGAGUUUGACACUUUGCCUCUUUACGUCCGCGAAAAUACUGUCUUGACUCUAGGCAAACUGGGAGAGACGCAAACAGUUUACGAUUAUAGUGAGAAUACUGAAGUCUGUCUUUAUCAUACAUCUCCUGGUGCAAAAGCCACCAUGGUUGAUAGCGAGGGAGAAACACUUGGAACAUUGGAGGUUGGCGAAAAUGGGGAUUUGGUUGAUGAGAAGCUUCUGAAGGGUUCUUGGGAGAUCAGUAAAAGUGGAAGAAGACUUUAGGUGAUCAGUCGUCAUUGUGGCGUCAGAGAAGGUUUGAGAGGAAGGCUGUCUUGGGAUCACAGGAGGUCAAAAUUGACGCCGGGUUCUCAAGGUCCGAGGACAGAUCAUUCCUGGCAAAAUUUUGCCGAUGGGCGGUAACGAGAACCCGUACCAAGAUGCAGGCUGAGCUUAUUUUUCUUGACAUCAAGAAUUCUCGGUUCUCGGCGUCGAGACUUGGUGGUCUCAAUCCAACCUCAAGGCUCAAGCUUCAACUUCCA